AUGGCUUCAGAAGACGGCCUUCUUCCUGUGAUAAUAAACCUCGCCGGUCAGACCCGAAUCAAUGAAGUGGUUUUGGUAGACGAAAAUAUUGGAUCAUUUGAACAGCUCGCGACAUCCUUCUAUUCGAGCUUGCGACGUAAUAUUCCUGAGUUCUACCUGCAACAGGGGGAAAGGACCAUCACUAAGAUGUGGGUUGAAUGGAACCAAGGGGGCAUUAAGUUCCUCCCCCUCGAGACAGAAAUCCACGAAGAAAAUCUCCGCGCUGUCCUGCGAAUUCUGGCUAUCCGUCGGGGUGUCGACAUGAUUCGGGUGUGGCUUAACGAAGUCAAUUAA